AUGUUCAUGCAGAACAUGGCAUGGCAAACCACGCUAGCAUGUGUAGGAAGUUACAAACAAUCGCACAAAAGCAUUCCCUACCAUAUUUCAACAUGCGUGUUGAACAGCAGCAACAACAAAGACAACACAGCAAAGUAUUCAGAUUCAGACGUCGAUGCAAAAUCUUUGUUGGCGAAAUACAAGUCAAAAUUCCUCUUGAAGUUGGAAACAGUAUCUGAUUCAACAACGCAUGUCGGUAAAUUUUUCCAAAUAGAGAUCACUCUGGUAGAAAACGAAUACUGUAUGGAACUUUUGAACAUGUAUUCUAUUGCGAUGCCCACUGGUACGUGGAUCCGCAUCAAAACACAAAGCUGGCUUUACACUGAUGAAUAUGAUGAGUACGAUGAAUAUGAUGAGUACGAUGAAUAUGAUGAGUACGAUGAAUAUGAUGAGUACGAUGAAUAUGACGAACAUGAAAAAUGUUAA